UAAAAUUCCACCAAUAGUAAAGCAAGUGGGGGAGAGAGAGAGAGGGAAACGAGAGGAGGAGGAGAAAGAAAAAAAGUAGUUUUUUCCUCUUUCUCUGAAUCCACUCAAGUCUCUCUCUAAAUUGAGAGUCCUUUUGUUUUGCCAUUUGUGCCUCUUUAUCCAGGAAGAAUCUAACAAAAAAGGAAAGAAGAGAGAAGAUUAGAGAUCAUAUAUCAUCAUGGUUCGAGGGAAGACGGAGGUGAGACGGAUCGAGAACGCGACCAGCCGGCAGGUAACGUUCUCCAAGCGCCGGAAUGGUCUCCUGAAGAAGGCCUUCGAGCUCUCCGUCCUCUGCGACGCCGAGGUGGCUCUCAUCGUCUUCUCUCCCCGAGGAAAAUUGUACGAGUUCUCGAGCUCCAGCAGCAUGGAAAAGACGCUUGAUCGUUACUUGUUACAUGCAAUGGAUGCUAAUGUCAACAAGCAAACAAAAGAGCAUAAUGCACAAUUGAAGUCUGAAACUGCAAGCUUGAUGAAGAAGAUUGAACAGCUUGAAGCUUGUAAAAGGAAGCUCUUAGGUGAAAAUUUGGAAUCAUGUACAGUGGAGGAACUGCAUGAACUAGAGUUCCAAUUAGAGAAAAGCCUAAGCAACAUCAGAGAGAGAAAAUAUCACAUGCUGGCAGGGCAAAUCGAUCGGCUAAAAGAAAAGGAAAAGAACCUUUUGAAACGUAAUUCUUCACUACAUGAAAUGAAACUCAGCUACAGCUAUUUGCUCCUGGGAAUGCCGUUUCUGAUGAUCAUGAUGGUCAGAACACAGAGGUAGAAACAGAGCUGGUAAUUGGUAGGCCAGGGAUGUGCUAGGUUAAGCGACAAUAUCAAAUUGUCAUCACCAGCAAUCAUGUUUAUGGAUUAAAUGCAUGCAUAUAAAUAUAAAUACCUAUGGACAAUAAGUUAAUCGUACAUCAAAUGUAUGAACCUGAAGAGCAUGUCAUGGUUCUUCUAUAUGAUGCUGUAUGAAUAAAUAGUUGGAUGUUUCCUGUCUUUUUCGAAGAAUGUUCGAACUAUUCUUUCUUGGGGGAGUUCUGGAUCGGCAUACCUAGCUAUCGCCAUAUGAUAACAGACUGUUAAAUUGUCUCAGUGCUCUGGCCAUUGCAUUCUUUAAAUAUGACAGGUCCAACUCAUGCAGCUGGUUCAACAAGUGCCACAUGAAAAUAUCUGCUUCAUUGAUCUAACACUGCAAUGGAUACUGGCACUUGUCUCAAAUUAUGAUACAUGCAGGGGGGCAUGAACAAGAGUAAGGCAGCAGAGAUCAUAACUACACAUGGCGCUGAACAAGUGUGGUUACUGUCUCUUUCUUUCUCCAUACAGAGGAAAGGGUGGAAUUCUUACACUAGAAACUUUAAGCUCUCAAGUCUCAUGUUAUGGCCUCAAAUUGUUCAUGCAUUCAUAUGGUACAAUAUGCUGUACACCCCCAUAUCUAUUCAUGUUCCUCCAAAGAGAAUACACCUGCAUCAUAGAGGUCGAUGCAGUACAGAAUACAAAGUUGAUGGUCAAUACAAUACCUCAUACAGUGUAGAUUUGAAACCUUGCAACGUACACAUGAGCUAUAAAAUGAGAGUAGCUCCGCUUGCGAGGAAGAGUCAACAGUAGAUCAAAACUUGCAAUGAAAGGGGGUUGACAACAUGUUCUUCUCCUUGAUCCCUAAAUAUGUAGACAAUUCACUCUUCACAAGCCUUGAUGUGAUUAUGGUUUCUAUAAUUGUUUGUAUGUUGGAUAUUUUGGACUUGGUUUACA